AUGACCUCGGAGACGAACAUCCCCGGCAUGGAGCUGUUUGUUCGCAAGAUUGACGAGAACGCCAAAUGGCACCCUAACCACACGCUCGUACGCUUCGCGAGUGGACCUAAUUGGGAGACAGAGGGAUAUCGUUCCCUGACCUGGCAACAAUAUGCCGAAGGUAUCAAUGCCACUGCUCACUGGCUCGAUGAGACCUUUGGUAAAUCUGUCGGCAAUGAAACUGUCGCAUAUUCCGGCCCCAGCGAUGUCCGAUACGCCUUUCUCUUUGCAGCAUCGGUCAAAACAGGCCGCAAGUUUCUUGUACCAGAUGGGAGAUUCAUGAAAGAUGGCCUUGAUGUGUUGCUGCAGUCAUCCAACUGCAAGAUCUGGCUGUAUUCCGAAGGAGGAGCAUUCUGCCCCGAGCCAGAGCUUGCGGCAUCCGGCGUCAAAGUACAGCAGUUCAAAAGCCUGAACUGGUGUCUUUCAGUCAAGGGAGCCAAUCCUUAUCCGUACGAAAAAACUUACGAGGACGCUAAAGAUGAUGAGAUUCUCAUUAUCCACACCGGAGGGACGACAGGGGCUCCCAAGCCAAUUUUCAUGAACAAUGGCUUUUGGGCGGCAGGGUGCUCAUCCGCUGGGCUCGCUCGUCGCCACUGGCCCCGAGGAAUAUCCACAGAUUGUUUCCAUGGUCGUUCCUUGAUAUUGGCGAUCCCCAUGAGACUUCAACCAGGUCUUGUCAUGAUCAACAUGUUCUCAGUGUUCUCGGGCACUACUGUGAUUCAACCUCCGCCAGAUGUUGUGGGACUUCCGCCAGACAUUUUCGAAAAGAUGCUUCGAUUGAAUAAGGUUGACGGCCUCAUGGCAUUCCCCUUCACCGUCGUCGAUCUGUACAACAACGAAAGGACUCGGGAGUCUUUGAAGUCACUUGAGUUUAUCACCUAUCUGGGAUCUGCUCUGGACCGCGUAGUCGGAGAUGCUCUCUGUGAGCAUACUAGACUCAACUCAGUUAUGGGUGCCACCGAGUCAGGCGGUCGCUUUUCACUUCACCCCAUAGACAGAAAGCUUUGGUACAGCUUCCAGUUCAUUCCAGAGCACCACGUUCGACUGGUUAGACUUGAAGGUUCCGGAGCAGCUCUGGGUGACGGCGACGAUGCUGAUGUCUACCAAAUGUUCAUCGAUAGACCUCCUGAUGGCGGUCCCUCGAUCUAUCAGUGCGCGUUCUGGAACUACAAAAUGUUCAAGGACGUUCAGUCUAUCGACACGAAGGAGCUAUGGAAGCCUGUCAAGGACAGAGACGGCAGUACACGAUGGGAAUCGGUCGCCCGUACCGAUGACUGGACGAAACUGAUCUGGAUGGCAAAGUUCCACGCUCAAGACAUUGAGAAUAAAGUGGUCAGAUAUCCAGGUGUCAGGCACGCAAUGGUUGGAGGUGCAGGUCGUAUCGCGCCAUACGUACUGAUCGAGGUGAACGACGAGUUGCUGGGAAGAGAUCCUAAGGAGCUUCUCGAUGAUAUCUACGAGAAGAUCAUUGAGUCGCACAACAAGGUUUCUGCCAAAGCAGUCGCUAUUCCACGACAGACUGUUUUCUUGGCUAGUAAGGAGAAGCCCAUCAAGCUGACUGUGAAGCAGCUAGUACUCCGUAGAGAGGUGGAAAGGGAUUACAAGGAGGAGAUUGAAGCUGUCUUUAAGGAGCUAGAGAGUGAGACCAGUCAGACGGCAAGUGAGAAGUUCGUGCAGAACAUGAAUUAA